AUGUCCGCCUCAUCCUCGUCUUCCUACAUGCAUGCUGCCGUCGCAUUCAACAAGGUGCCUGGCACGCUCUCUCUGCAGACCGACCAGACUGUCAAAUGGACACCCUCUUCCGCCUCCUCGGGAGUCAGCUCCUUCCAUAUCAACUUCUCGGACAUUGCUGGACUGCAGACAUCAAAAGCGGGUGCGGCACAGAUCGCACUCAUGCUGGUCCUGGCAAAUGGUGUGCAGAUCACCUCCAAGCCGAAGGUGCUGCUGGUGUUCAACGCUGCUCAGCAAACGGCUCUCGAUGAUCGAGAGAAGUUCAAGACCGAGCUAGCAGCCGCGGUCGGCAGGAAUCGAGCCGUCGUAGAUGGUGCAUCUACGCCAGCGAGUCCUGCACCGACACCCUCUUCGCCUGCAGCUGCGACUCGCGCCGCCACUCCAGAGACCGGAGCUGCGACGCCGACGGCGACACGGCCGACCUCAACGAAUGCCUCCACGGUUGCCUCUCCUGUACCUUCUAAACGUGCUAGGCCAAAGGACAUGCCCCCACCCAAGACCGACAUCGAGCUCCGCAUCAGCGUCAUCAAGUCCAAUCCGCAGCUCCGUGCACUCCACAAAGACAUUGUCAUCUCGGGCCAAAUGUCCGACGCCGAGUUCUGGUCCCAUCCACAACGCCAGCGUCUCAUCCGAGCCGAGCGAGCCAAGCUCGAACAGCGUGCUGGACGAAACGCACGCCUUGCUGAUCCCAAACCAACACCGAACGAAGCAGGCGAGCUGAAGCUCAGCAUCACUCCGGAACUCAUCCGCGACCUGUUCGAGCAGUUCCCGGUCGUGGCACGGGCAUACGAGGAGAACGUGCCCGCCAAGCUCGACGAAGGCUCGUUCUGGACACGCUAUUUCCAGUCCAAGCUGUAUCAUCGCUUGCGAACAAGUGCACGUUCAGCCGCGUCGGAACACAUUGUGCAAGACGAUCCGAUCUUUGAUCAAUACUUGACCGAGGAGGACAACCAGUUGGAACCCAGGCGCAGGUUCAACCCUCACGACCGUUUGCUGGAUCUCCAAGCGACGGAGGAGGACCACGGCGAGACGGGCAACGAGAAGGACUGGACGAUGCGUGCGGGUGCCGAGCGACGGACGUUGCCUCUGAUGCGUCGGUUCAACGACCACUCGCAGUCGUUGCUCGACUCGGCGCUGGGUGAUCAGGAGGAGGAGGAUCGUCGCAAACGAAGACGCAUCGUGGGCGGUGUUGGUGAGGAGUAUCCUACCGGCUCGACGGUUCUCACUUCGGUGGAGGAAGGCGAAUCGGGCAAUCCACCCAUGCUAGGCGGUUCGGCGGACGACGACGAUCUAGGCGAAGCCACCGACUCGAUCGACUGGAUCAAGAACCACUACUACAAGGAAAUCGUCAUCGACGACCUCAACGAGACGGCCAAGGCCGACACGGUGCGACUCAACAUGGCCAACCUCGAAGGCUAUUUUUCCGGCUCCACCACCGCCGAUCCUCCCACCGAGACUCCUCGCAACGGCCACACCUCACCUUCGAAGCAGCGCCACACAGCCGCAUCCUUCGACCUCGUCCCUACCAGCAUGUCGGAGUACCUCACUUACGUCGAGCGCUUCAACACGGAAGUCCAAUCUUCCGCGAUCACACUGGGCAGUUUCAAACCGACCUCGUCAGGCACGGAGCCCUCCAUGUCCCGCAUGCUCUCCAACCUCCGUUCGCGCUCGCUCAACCCUCGUGCAUCGGCAGAUUUGAAGACGCUGCCGGAUGGCGUGCAGAAAUCGCUGCUCUCGCUGCAGGCGUCGAUGACCGAGUUCUUGCGUCAGUUUUGGAACUCCAUCGCACCGGGCCCGGACGAGGGCGAUGACGAAGACGCAGGUGUGUGGAGCGCUAGGUCGACCCAGCCGCUGACGGAGGAGGAGAGACGCAAGAGGGAGGAGAAGGAGAAGGAGGCCGAGGAGAAUCGCGUUGUCGCGGCCAGGAAGAUGGCGAUCAAUCUGAGCAAGUACGCGGGAAGACUGGAGACGCUUUUUGGGGAAGCGAGUACCGGGUUGGAUGAGGUGCUGGAGGAAAAGGUGGGGUCGUUGUUGGCGCCUACGCAGAGGGCGGUGGAGAGGGCGCUUGGGAUUGCCAGAGCCAGAGGAUUCAUCAGUGGUUGA